AUGAAGAAAGCAUCAAGCAGAAGCCAAAGAGGAAGCAAAGGUAUCAAAGGGAAGCAUAUCCUGCAGAUAUGUGUUCUUCUUGGAGUUUGCAUCUGGUUAAUCUAUCAAGUCAAGUAUUCUCAUGACAAGAAGAAGGAGUUCUACGAGAAAGAUGGCGAUAAAUCUACUGUGUUGUCAUCAGAGAGCAAAGACGGAUUGGUGAAGCUUGGGAGAAAAGAUCUUCUUCCAGGUUACCACAACCAGAACGAGAAGGAGAAGCACGUGGAGGAAGAUGACGAUGAAGAAGAGAAAGAGAGCAAGAGUAAAGUAGAGAAUGGUAAUCAUGAGGAGGAAGAGAAGGAAGAAGAAGAGGAAGCAGCUGAGGAGGAUGAAGAAGAGAAGAAUAAGCAAGGAGAGGAAGUACCUGAGGAGGAUGAGGAUGAAAACAAGCAUGAAGAAGAUGAGAUUGAUGAACAAGACCGAGUUAAAACUGGAGGAGAUACUGAUGAGAAGGGUGAUGAGUUAUUUGAAGAAGAGAAGGAAGGUGGAUCAAACGAGAGAGAUGAGAAAGAAAAAGAUACUGUGGAUGAAGCACGCGAGGAGCAUUACAAGGCUGAUGAUGCGUCCAGUGCAGUGUCACACGAGGCUCGAGUACUCAAGACUGAGAAGUUGAAAGAAAGUCCUGAAACAGCUCAGGAGAACAAUGCCAAUGCCACUGCAAGAGAGGUAGAGGCUCAGAAGGAGCCUGUCUUGAAGUCAGGAGAAGCUGAAAGCGGCGAUUCUGUGGAGAAAGCAACCAAAGACAGCGAACCAUCCAUUUCCGAAACAAAAAGCGCGGUAACUGAGUCCACAGGUGAAACAGUUCAUGGCAAUUCGACAGAAGCAAUUCUUGAAGCUUCAGGGUUUUUGAAGAAUGAAACAGAAAUCAUGCAAGAACGCAGUCAAGAAGAUGGUACACCUGAGCUACAGACUGUCUCUAAACUUGAGCAAACCCUUAAUGGUUCUGAUCCCAACAUUACCAACAAAGAUUAUGAGUUCAAGAACUCAACUUCGGAGACUUCUGUUAUUGAGAAUAUCUCAGGCUUGAACACAACUGAGGUGAAUGAGAAUUCAAGGUCUGAAGGUGAUGAUGAAAUAGGUGAAAAGGAAAGUGCAAACCUUUUUUCCGCAGAGCAAAUGGAGGACACGGAUGAUACUCCAGAAACCACAAUAUUGCAAGAGGAGAGAGAAGCUCUCACUGAUCCACAGACUCUGCCGGAUAUAAGAAUAGAAGGGAAUGAAGAAGAUGAAGAAGAAGCGAUGGCAGCAGAGUGA